AGGGAAAGGCGGCGGGGGAGGGGGCGUUCCUCCUCACGCUCGCUCGGGGAGGAUGGGAAAAGGGUGUUUGGUGUUGCUAAGCGAAGACGGUGACUUGGACAGUGGGAGCUGGUGGUGACAUCUUGAUUAGGCCUUGGGGACAGAGGGAGAGCAGCCAGGGGAGGAAUGCCGAAACAGGCCUGGGUGGGAAUGGAUAGUGGAAAGACCUGAGGCGAGGAAGAGGAGUUUUGACGGCAGAUGCUUCCUCCUGGAACAGAGGUGUGAGUGGCCUCAGCCUCCUGCCCACAAUAGAGCCGGCGGCGGCGGCGGCGGCGGUGGCUGUCUUUCUUCGCUCAUGCACUCGCUGGUCCCUGAUAGCAGGCUAGCAUCCUGCCACCUGGAGCCCAUGGUCAAGAAGAGAAAGCAGGAGGAUGAGGUCCCUUGCAGAGAAGCGCAGAGGCUUGCCGAGCGCCAGGUUAUUCCCCAGAGGCAACCACUCCAGGGAUGCAGGAGAGGGCUGGUCUCCGUCAGUGUGGGGAAGGCUGGUACUGCUUCCCAUCCCUUCCCUCCAGCUUUUCUGCCCUCCUCCGUUGCUCUGCUGUGAACCUCAGGAUUUAGCUUUGCUCCCUGGGGUUUCAGCCAAUCCAUGAUGGCUUUGACCAAGAAAAUGUCUCUGAUACCUGAGAGCGGCCUUAAUUCUUGGCUUUGACAGUCUGAGAUUUCUUGGAAGUCCCAGGCAUUUGAAAUUCCCUCACUGGGGUUUCUGGGGCCGAGAGGGGAACUGAUGAGUUCCCCAAAUCUGACUUCUGUCCCUGUCAGCCUCAGGCUAGAAAUCUAAAUCCCUGGAGCCCCACAAAAAGACCUUCUGGCCUUUGACACAGAUUCCUCCUUAGAUUUUAGUGCCAGGAAAGUAGACUCGAGUCUGUUUUCCUCUUACCUUUAUCCUAGGGAUGACAGCGUCGAGGAGCCUCGGGAUCACUGGUGCUCCUCGAGGCUCCCGCUUUCUCUCCUGUUUCCAGCCCUUCACUGGGAGAGCCACAAAGAAUGCUUUCCCCUCAGUGUCCCUAAGUAUCCCCGUAAGAAUAUUGUCCCGCCAGCUAGCUAGCCCCUAGUCUCAGAGGCAGCCUCAGCUCCAGGAGGCUGGGACCAAGUAUGGAUUUCCAAGAAGCCCCUCAUCAUUUGAGGAUCGAGGCUUUAGCAGGUCCCUCCUUACCAACAUGGAGUGACUUGGAGCAAGUCAGCACUAACCUUUGAGAAGGAUUAAGAAGCUGGGUGUGGCGCAUGCCUGUCACCCUGGUGCUUCCGAGGCUGAGGCUGAGGCAGGAGGACUAUUGAUUGGGUUUACUUAGCCUUCUUCAGCCUGUCCAACCUUCUAGCCUCAGUAAACUCAGUCGAAAGGGCACGUGUUGAGGCUGGACCUGAAUCUACAAGUCUUCACGGUUCGGGGGGCUGCUCACAUCAUGGCUUGUGUCUUGAGGCAACUUUUUAAGGGAACCACGACUCACCUAAAGAGCCUCAGCUGGGGGACAUCGGAUUCAAGCCAGAAGGCUUUUUCUAUAGGUGGUGUACAGGCCUCCUCGGCUUCCAUGGGAUAGAAUGGGGAAAUGGGACUUUAGGAGAGGAUGCGAACGGGAAAUGGUCCCAAAGUCCUGAGUGGUUGUUUUCUUCCCACUGACCAAAGCUGGAGAGGGAUCCCUCAGGAGGGUGUGUUCCGGAUUUCUUGCCUCAGGCCCAGGACUCCAACCAUUUUAUAAUGGAAUCUUUAUUUUGUGAAAGCCUUAUGUGCAUGUUCAUGUUAGCAGAUAAUGUAUACGGAGGUGAUGUUUACUCCAGUAGGUAGCGGGGACUCAUCUCUGGAGAAGGAGUUCCUCGGGGCCCCAGUGGGGCCCUCCGUGAGCACCCCAAACAGCCAGCAUUCUUCCCCCAGCCGCUCACUCAGUGCCAACUCCAUCAAGGUGGAGAUGUACAGCGAUGAGGAGUCGAGCCGACUGCUGGGCCCGGACGAGCGGCUCCUGGAUAAAGAUGACAGCGUCAUCGUGGAGGACUCCUUGUCAGAGCCCUUGGGCUACUGCGAUGGAAGUGGCCCAGAGCCCCACUCCCCUGGCGGCAUCCGGCUCCCCAAUGGCAAGCUCAAGUGUGACGUCUGUGGCAUGGUCUGUAUCGGCCCCAACGUGCUCAUGGUGCACAAGCGCAGCCACACGGGGGAAAGACCCUUCCACUGCAAUCAGUGCGGCGCCUCCUUCACGCAGAAGGGGAACCUGUUGCGCCACAUCAAGCUGCACUCCGGGGAGAAGCCCUUCAAAUGUCCCUUCUGCAACUACGCCUGCCGCCGGCGUGACGCGCUCACAGGCCACCUCCGCACACACUCAGUCUCUUCUCCCACCGUGGGCAAACCCUACAAGUGCAACUACUGCGGCCGGAGCUACAAGCAGCAAAGCACCUUGGAGGAGCACAAGGAACGAUGUCACAACUACCUACAGAGCCUCAGCACGGAAGCCCAGGCUCUGGCUGGCCAGCCAGGUGAUGAAAUGCGCGACCUGGAGAUGGUGCCUGACUCAAUGCUGCACUCCUCGUCCGAGCGGCCAACAUUCAUUGAUCGCUUGGCCAAUAGCCUCACCAAACGCAAGCGUUCCACCCCGCAGAAGUUUGUAGGUGAAAAGCAGAUGCGUUUCAGCCUCUCCGACCUCCCCUAUGAUGUGAACCCCGGCGGUGGCUAUGAAAAGGAUGUGGAGUUGGUGGCGCACCACGGCCUGGAGCCUGGUUUUGGAGGUUCUCUAGCCUUUGUGGGUACAGAGCAUCUGCGUCCCCUCCGCCUCCCCCCGACCAACUGCAUCUCGGAACUCACACCUGUCAUCAGCUCUGUGUACACCCAGAUGCAGCCCCUCCCCAGCCGACUGGAGCUUCCAGGGUCCCGAGAAGCAGGUGAGGGACCUGAGGACCUGGGAGAUGGAGGUCCCCUCCUCUAUCGGGCCCGGGGCUCUCUGACUGACCCUGGGGCAUCCCCCAGCAAUGGCUGCCAGGAUUCCACAGAUACAGAGAGCAACCAUGAAGAUCGGAUGGGCGGGGUGGUGUCCCUCCCUCAGGGUCCCCCACCUCAACCUCCUCCCACCAUAGUGGUGGGCCGGCACAGCCCCGCCUAUGCCAAAGAGGACCCCAAACCACAGGAGGGGUUAUUGCGGGGCACCCCAGGCCCCUCCAAGGAAGUGCUUCGGGUGGUGGGUGAGAGUGGGGAGCCCGUGAAGGCCUUUAAGUGUGAACACUGCCGCAUCCUCUUCCUGGACCACGUCAUGUUCACCAUCCACAUGGGCUGCCACGGCUUCAGAGACCCUUUCGAGUGUAACAUCUGUGGUUAUCACAGCCAGGACCGGUAUGAGUUCUCUUCCCACAUCGUCCGGGGGGAACAUAAGGUGGGCUAGCGACCUCUUCCCCUGGGCCUGUCCUCAGCCCACCGCUCCACUGCCCCACCUACGGGUGUCUAGCCCAGUUCCUACCACACCCCAAGGAGUUCUGCAUCCACUGGCCACCUCACUUCACACUUGACUCAGACCCCCUUUGCCUGCUCCCCUGGCUGAUGUAAGCAUUGUGACAGACAAGAGUCUUUUUGCUUAUAUUUCUCCUUCUGAACUCCUCUCUCCCCGGCAUUUUUCCUGUUUAUUAAUGACUUUUCCUCGACCUUUUUAAAUGUACCGCAAUCUCUGGCCACUCCUUCACUCUCCUGCCCACGGCUCCCGUCUGCUCUAAGCCUAGAUUUUUUUUUUCCCCCUUUAUGGAUCCCACCUCCUCCAACAGCCCCAGGGGUUGGAAGCUCCUCUUUGUACUUAGAGACAGGGAGCUUCUUGCUUUAAUCCUGACCCUUAUUUAUCUGACUCUUCACUUUCGAUGUUGAUACCUCCCAGUGGCCCACCUUAGCUCUGUGGCAUUAUUAUCUCCUCUCUGGGACCCUCCAACCUGGUACUUCAUACCUCUCGUGCCCCCUCACUCCAGGCAGCUUGCACUAUUCUUAAAUGAAUGAAGAAUUUCCUCACUGGAAGUAGGAGAGGCUGUAGAAACUCUUCCCCAGGAACUGUGGACUGAGGGUCCUCUUGACCUCACCUGGGAAUACGAGCUCCCUAAAGCCUCCAUUCAGGGCCUCCCUCCAGGAUGUGAUAUCGCUCUUCCCUCUCCCCGGCUCACCCCUCAACACCACUCUGGUCUCAACCAGCCGCUCCUCUCGGUGGUGGCUUUUAUCUCUUUGCAGUGCCCCCAUUUUUAUAUUCUCAGGGGCUAAAGCCAGGCCUGCAACCCUGUCUGACAGACCUCGAGCUGCAGGUGCCUAGCUGAGAACCAGGGCACCGGAAAGGGGGUGGGUAGAAAUCUCUCCUCCACCUUUCAAACUUUCUCACUCCAGUGACCUUCCUAGGCUCUCAGGGACUCCUUCUGUCCCCGUUUCAUGAGAAACUGGUGGGUUGCCGCCCGACGACCAGGGGUCUCCCAGGCCCGUCAGUCACGCUGCCUUUUUCCUCUCCCUUCUAGCAGGAUUCACCGUCUCGUUCCCAGGCUCCUGGGCCCUGUUGUUAUCAGUGGCAAGGAGAAAGGAAUGUCUCUUUUCUCUCUGCUAAUUUUCAGUAUAACCAAAAAUUGUCCCAGGAUGAAUGGCAUGUAUGUGCCCGCCGACCAUUCCACCCUUGUUUCCAGCAAGAAUGGGAUGGACGCAACUAACCGGGCGUCAUCCUUCACUGCCCUUCCAUACUCGGCUCCGGACACAGGGCAGGAUGGGCACUCUCUUCUCUGGUGGUUGCAGGGACCCUGGCUAUCUGGAUAAUCGAGGGUUCAUGAGACCACGCAGGAGAAGGGAUAGCUCCACCGCACGUGGAGGUCUCUCUCUCUCUAGAGUUCCCUGCCAAGGCCACAGCCAUCCCACUCUCUGCUUCUUUGAGAUUCAAACCAAAGGCUGUUUUUCUAUGUUUAAAGAAAAUAAGAAAAAAAAAAAAAGUAAAAACCAAACACAGCACCUCAUAAGUUAUAAGUCUCGGUCUUCUCUCCUCCUUUCCUUCCCCUCCAUCUUCCUUUCCAUGUGUCCUCUCUUCGUUGGCUCCUCUGCCUCUCUCUGCUUCUCUCUCCCUAGUAGGGAUAUUGAGGCGCACGAAGGGGUGGGCUACAUCAGAUCCUGGGAAUGGGGCUGUUAAGCCUUCUGGAGAGUCUGCUUUUCCUAUCAUGAGAGGGGCGGGGUUGAAAACACUGUCUUCUCUUCCUUCUCCUGCGUUACAUGGCUUCCCAGGAGGGCCAGAUUGGCAGGGAGGGGCUUUGUGGGGUGGUUCUUCCUCCUUGACAAAGCAGCAAUAAGCAGGUGCCGCCAAAGGCGGGCGGAGCAUGGGGCCUGAGCCCCAAGGGGAGUGGUCCCCAGAGAAGGGCAGGGUGGGUCCCCGCAGCAGAACCUGGCACUAACUCCUGGGAUGGCAGCCGAGCUGUGGUUGGUGUCUGCACCUCUCCUGAACUCUUCUGGCCGCGGAGCCUCUUCCGGUUAGACCGGCCCCCCACCUCUCCUGUGUCUGCAUUUGGGGAUACCUCAGAAGGACUAGUUCCUCUGAGGCAUCGGAGCCUCUGAGUGCCCCAUACCUCCCCCCCUUUAGUCAGCCUUAGCACCUGUAACCCCCCAGAAACCUGAAGGAUUGUGCUCCCAGGCUCCCACAAGAGCAGAGAUGGAAGGACAAGACCAGGUGCUAGGGAGGAGAGAGGCAGCCUGUCUCUCUCCCGCCCAAUCACUGCACUUUAACCAGGGUCUUAGGUACAAAAUCCUACUUUUCAGAGCCUCCCAGCUCUGGAACCUCAAACAUCCUCAUGCUCUCUCCCAGCUCCUUUUGCAUAAAAAAAUAAAAGAAAGAAAGAAAAAUCAACCACAAAACACCAAAACCCACACAGAGAAAAGAGGUGUUUUCUUUUUUUAUUACUAUUCAAAAAUAACAAUACAGAAAAGUUGGGGGAAGGGAGAGAAUUUCUAAAUAGACACUUUUCCAGACCUUUGUGUAUGUGUGUGUCAGUGUCCAGGCUGCAGGUGGAAUUUUGUAAUACUUCUGGCAGCUUCUUUCCUUGUGUAAAUAAUAUAUAUAUAUAUAUUUUUAACCAGAAAUUAUGGAGAUCAAACAUAGACUAAACACAGAAGCAAGUGCAAUACCACCUCUCCUCCCCCAGGGUUCCUUUGUAGCCUGUUUCGUGUCCCCUUUGACCCUUGCCCUUUCGCCUCUUCUCUUGUCCUCUGGUCCCUUACCUACCCCCCCCCUUCCCUCUUUCUAAAGAGUUUUUCUCCUUUCUCAAAGGGAGUCAAACCAGCUUUUGAGACUUACUGCGAAGCGUUUUGUACCUGUAAUAUACUGUAAGUAAAUAUUUGUGUAAUGGAGAAAUACUACUGUAAGUUUUGUACUGUACUGGCUGAAGGUCUGUUAUAAAUAAACAUGAGUAAUUUAA